CUAGAAUUUUCGCCGACCUCAGAACGUCUAAAUCAUGUGACCAAAAUCUCCGAAACCAUAGCUAAUUCAUCCUUAUCAGCUGAUGAGGAGGAUUAUAUAAAAAUGCUUACGGGGGGUAUUGAUGAUGAGACUCUCUAUGGGGGUACACCAUACGUAAACGAGGCUAAGGUAGAGAAAGAGGUGGUGAACGAAGUUAAAUCAGAUGGUGAAAACGUUCCUAGUGGUUCAGGAGAGGAAGUCGAUCAUGAUUUCACACCCCAUCCAGUGGAAGAAACGAAUGAUGAUAGUGACUGGCUUCUAAGUCUCGAAGAAUAUCUAUCAUGUGCUCCGUCAUAUUCUCCGUAUGGCACCAUUUCGACAAGCUCCACAAAUGCAGUCGGCAACCCUCCGGAUAAAGUGAUGAUUUGGAAAGAUUUUCUCGCAAGUGUAAAUAAUUAUACAUUCGAUCAAGAUGAACGAAAAUUCGAAAAACCGAUUUUUAUUAAAGAUUUUAUUACAACCAAUGAAGAAAUUGUCCGCCAGGCUGUGAAUGUUAAUGUUUGCCUGCCGUUGAACAGGGUCGUGUCUGAUUUUAAGUUUACAAUGCGAAACGUUUCUGGCACUGGUGACCCAGAUUUUGUUUGCCACAAAAAAGAUGGUGAUGAAUUGAUCUUGGCACUCGAAAUCAAAAGAGUACACAUUUUAAACCACAUUGAAUCUGACCAAACGUUACCUAAAGUUUACGAAGAGGAUGCUAAAGUGAAGCAGGUCAUACAGCAACUCUAUAACUACUUGUCAGAAAACCAACUUAAAUAUGGAGCACUUUCUACUUAUAACCAUAGUUGGUUUGUUAAGAGAGAUCAUAGAUAUCUAUGUAUAUCAGAGUCUCUUGAAUAUAACUCAACACAUCCACCAGUUCUAAAAACCUACGCCUAUCUGGCCCAGCAGGCAAUAGACAAUGGUCAUAAUUCCCCUCAUGCUAAUAUCAUUCCACAAACUGAUGACUCACAACAUAAUUUGCGAAAACGUCGAUAUGAUCCUAGCUCAAAACAACCCUCUCCUGGAAAAAGUCAACGACCAUCUUCAUCUUCCAAAGGAUCAUCUUCCAGUACUUCUGGGAAAACAUCAGGAAAACAAGCAUAG